AUGCAGUUUUUCUCACUACCUACAGAGAUACGGCUCAAGAUUUACAAAGAACUACUUGUAUCCCCUAGACCCAUUGUCUUCGUCCCGGCCUAUGACCUUCAGUUGCCUCCCCUCGUCCAGUCCGACCCGGUUUGUCUUUGCCCCGCACUCCUCCGCGUCAACAAGAAGGUUUACAUGGAAGCCAUCCCGUUUUUAUAUUCUCACAAUCAUUUUCGAUUUCCCAACAUCUUUGUUCCACCCCCUCCCUUUACGGACGCUGCUACCAUCGCCCCGAUUAUUCGCCAGAUUGGAUCUCAAGCAAGUCUUAUUCGCAAUCUCUGUAUUAGCUUCCCAAAAUUCCAGAGCGACGGGCAGGACAGUGAUAUCAGCAUUCGGCAACCGGAUGUUAUAAAUCUGGAACUCGUCCGAGAUGCCUGUACAGGCAUCACUACUCUUGAACUAUUGAUCCUGGCAGAUGACGCCCUCGCUCUGGAUUCUUCUCCUUUCUUAGCAACGGCGCUAGCCCUGCUCGAGAUGCACCUCGAGGCUAUCCUAUCCCUAGAGAAAGUCCUUGUCAAUUUCCGGGCGUACAGCGUGGCGGAUCUUGCCUAUAAUUUCCUCGCGGAAGCCCACCGACGCGGAUGGGUCAUCAUGUUGUCAUCGGAUGACGAGGUCUAUAUCGAACAAGAUGCCCUGCUCAAUUUACUACGAGAGGCAAAGGAGGACGAUGUGUGA